ACCAAUAGGAAACAAAAAUGUCUCCAAACCACACCGACUCUCCGGAAGUUCUUUGCCUUUCAAGCCCUAUACAGGAAGAGGAGGGAAUGGGCACUUUGAAGUCUUUGACAAGCUAGGCAGUUUCCCAGAGUGUCAUCAUGGGGACAGCCAGCCUGGGGUCCAUCUGGGCAGUAUUCCUUCUUCCUCUUGUGUUUGGGGUCCCCACAGAAGAGCCUACCUUUGGGGAGUCUGUGGCCUCCCAUCUCCCCAAAAACUGUCAACGAUGUUGUGACCCUGAGGACCCACUGUCCCCUGCUGACACGGUCAAUGCUGUUCCCCCCUAUGUCCUGCCCGAGGUCAGGCCGUACAUCAACAUCACCAUCCUGAAAGGUGACAAAGGGGACAGAGGUCCUUCAGGAACGCCAGGGAAGCCAGGCAAGAAUGGUACCCGAGGGGACCGUGGCUCUCAGGGUAUCAAAGGUGACAAGGGGCAGGCAGGUAGCCCUGGCAGCUCGUGCCAGACGCAUUACUCGGCCUUCUCUGUGGGCCGCAAGACGGGCUUGCACAGCAGCGAGAACUUCCUCUCACUGCUGUUCGACAGGGUCUUCGUGAACACGGACGGCCACUUCGACAUGGCCACUGGCCGCUUCGUGGCUCCCCUGCGAGGCCUCUACUUCUUCAGCCUCAAUGUGCACAGCUGGAAUUACAAGGAGACCUACGUGCACAUAGUCCACAACGAGCAGGCGGUCGUGAUUCUGUAUGCACAGCCCAGCGAACGCAGCAUCAUGCAGAGUCAGAGCGUGAUGCUGCCCCUGGUGCCAGGUGACUACGUGUGGGUGCGGCUCUUCAAGCGGGAGCGGGAGAAUGGCAUCUACAGCGAUGACAUGGACACGUACAUCACCUUCAGCGGCCACCUGAUCAAGGCAGAGGACAACUGAGCUUCCCCGGCCGCCUUCACAGCUGGGUGGCUGGUGGCUAGGGCAGGUCCUGUAGGUCCUAGGGCUCGGUCUGCUGCCCUCCAUUCCUUGUCUCCACUGUAAUCUGUCCCCAUCCCCUCCCCUGUUGGCUUCAUUUCCCCAUACUUUUGGGCUCACUUAUUCCAGACUUUGCCAGCCUCUAGAGUGGCUCUCCUGACACUCCACCAUGCUAUUUGUCCCCGUGGACUUUGUUAUAUGAUGGAUUCUGGCUUCUCAUUCUAGACCCAGGAUUCUGCAUUUCUAGCGAUUUCUUCUGGAAUACUGUUGCUACUGGUUGAUGGAUCACACUUGAGGAAUUGUGCUCCCUAGAAUGUUCCCAGCAUUUCUAGGGACUUCACGAACACUCUGGAAUUCCCCCCAAACUCUAUUCUUCCCCAUAUCCUCCUCCCCCUGGGCUUCACCCACCUCUGACCUUUCACCUCCCCGCCAUUUUCCAGACGCUGUUCAUUUGUGAAUUCAUCAAAUGCUGAACGCUCACUUGGUCUCAGGCCUUAGGAAGGCCCAGAAGUGGGUACUAAGACUUGAGCAUAUACUGGGUGCUCCUCUAAACUGGGUUUUUAGGCACUGUGGGCCCUUCUCCACUGCUUCCAUGGUGCCAUAGAUCCUGGAGAUGGGGAUGAUGUCCCUUUUCCACUCCCUGCAUUCUUGUCCAGUACCCAGCAUUAAUGCAAAUAUAAGAAUAGUCUUGGCUGGGAGGAGACCCAGGGGUUUGGAUGCACCUAGACGAAGGGGCAUCUGGGAACUGGAGCUGUUCUCUUAUCUGACCUUUGAAGGCUCCUGCCCUUCCUCUUUCCCCAUUCUCCAGGACAUUAGCCACGGUCAGACCAUGUACCAGUGCUCUCUGGCCCUCCUGGCUUCUCAAAGGCCCAGGCUCACACUGGGUUUAUGAAGGUGCUUAAGCGCCCACCCGUCCCCCUGGAGGCGGCUCCCAUUUCAGAGCUUCUCCUGCCUGUAUUGCCCUUGUAGACAUCGUGGGCAAGUCAGGCAGGAUAGAGGUGGCAGGUUUCAGCCCAAAGCAGGUCUGGGGUCUGAAGCCAGUGACAUUCAGGUUACCCGGGGGUCUUCUCUGAGCCAUGCUGCCAAGACAGGCCCUGGGGGAGGUUGUAGAAAAGCAAGGGGCACCAAGACCCCCAUGCCUUUCUCAGGGUGUGUGGCCUGGUGACCCUCCAACCUUCCCCUCUUCCACUGUAGCCUGCCCGAGCUUCUCAGGGGAAGGUGGCCUCCGUCCAUUGGUGCUUCUGCAGAUCUAGGGCAGGGCUGGCCCUGGGAGGGUAUCUCUGGUGCUUACAGCCAAGGGAGCCGUGGCAAGGUGACAGAAGCCAUGUGCUGUGAUGGCUGGUUCCAUAAAACCAUCCUCAGCCCAACUGUCCUUGCCUGCUUGGCCAGUGUGAAUAAAGAUAUUGGAUUCUCUUGGCAA